CAAUCUGGCAACACGCCGCAUCGAUCUCGACUCGCAUUGAACCGCACCGCCAACCUCCGCCCUCACGGCCCGACGUCUGCCGUGGUAGGGAAUUCGGUGCUUUUUCCGUACUCGGCCUAAUUGUUUUGUUUUCAGUCGCAAAACAACAAGAAACAAAUAAUAAAAUAACAAAAACAACAGCAACGACAAGCAAGUUUGACACCUCUCGGUCGGCCCUCCCCCAAAGUCGAUCCACACAACCGACGCCGCCAUGGUUCGGCUGAGAGAGAUCCCGAGGACGGCGGCCUUUGCGUGGUCGCCGGGCCCGAAUCCAAUCCUGGUUACUGGCACCAGGUCCGGCGCUGUCGAUGCCGACUUCUCGGACGAGACCAAGCUGGAGCUAUGGGACCUCAACCUCGACGACCCAGGUCAGGGCCUGGAGCUGCAGCCAGUAGCCAGCAUCAGCACCGAGUCCAGAUUUUACGACAUAGCAUGGGGUGCCCCCAGCGACGAGCACCCGCGGGGUGUCGUUGCCGGCGCGAUGGAGGACGGCUCGUUGCAGCUGUGGGACGCCGCCAAGCUCCUUGCCGGCGAGGAAGCCCUCAUGUCGCGCGACACCAAGCACACCGGGCCCAUCAAGGCGCUUCAGUUCAACCCGGUGCGACCCCAGGUCCUCGCCACUGCCGGUGUCAAGGGCGAGCUGUUCAUCUGGGAUGUCAACGAUACCUCGACCGCCUUCCGCCUGGGCACCGCCGCAGCCCACGACAUCGACUGCGUGGCCUGGAACCGGAGGGUCUCCAACAUUUUGGCGACGGGCAGUGCCGGCGGCUUCGUCACCGUGUGGGACCUCAAGACCAAGAAGGCGUCGUUGACGCUGAACAACAACCGCAAGCCCGUGAGCGCGAUCGCCUGGGACCCCAACAACUCCACGAACCUCCUAACCGCCACCUCCGACGACAAUACCCCGGUCAUCCUCCUGUGGAAUCUGAGGAACUCGCAGGCGCCCGAAAAGACGCUGCAGGGACACGACCAGGGCAUCCUGUCGCUCUCGUGGUGCCAGCAGGAUCCCGGCUUGUUGCUCUCCUGCGGCAAGGACAACAGGACCCUCGUCUGGAACCCCCAGACCGGAGAGCGGUACGGCGAGUUCCCGGAGGCCACCAACUGGACCUUCCUGACGCGCUUCGACCCCGGCAACCCGAACCUGGUGGCGACCGCCUCGUUUGACGGCAAGAUCACCAUCCAGACGCUGCAAAACACGAACCCCUCCGCCGUGCCGACGGCGCAGGCGAGCAUGGACGACGACGAUUUCUUCUCCAAGGCUCCCACCCAGCUCCAGGGGGCUUCCUUCUCGCUCCCGAGGGCGCCCGUCUGGUUCGAGCGGCCGGUCGGCGUCUCGUUUGGGUAUGGUGGCAAGCUCGUCACCUUCAGGAAGAACGACACGCCUGCCAGCCAACCCAGGUCUUCCAAGAUCCAGAUAUCGAGCUUCUCGGUCGAUUCCGACAUUGGCUCGGCCACCGAGAAGUUCGAGGAGGCGUACAAGAACGGAGACAUCGCAGCCAUCUGCGACUCUCACGUGGCCGACGCCAAGACGGAGGAAGAGAAGGCCGACUGGCAGGUGCUGAAGACGCUGAGCGAGUCCGACGGACGCACCAAGAUCAUUGAAUACCUGGGAUUCGCCAAGGAUGAAGAACCUCCCAGCGCCGCGGCUGCCGACUCGGAGGCUACCGAGACAAAGGAAGAACCGAAGGAGACCGGGCUGGCCCCGCCGCAGACCAACGGAGAAGACGGGAAGAAGAAGCACAAGCGGGUCACGAGCAUGUGGGCCGAUGUCGACGACGGCGAUGAUUUCUUGUCCGACCUCACCGCCGCCAAGGGCGCCAAGACGGACAACCCUUUCCAGCUCCUGGGCGAAGGCGGCUCGGCCGAGGAUCAAAUCACCAAGGCCGUCAUCCUCGGGAACUUCGAGAAGGCAGUCGACCUCUGCCUGAAGGAGGACAGGGUUGCCGACGCCUUCAUCCUCGCGAACUGUGGCGGCAAGGAGCUGGUGGACAAGGUGCAGAAAAGCUAUCUCGCCCAGAAGAAGGGCAGCCCGAGCUAUCUCCGCCUCAUCAACUCGGUGAUUGGCAAGAACCUGUGGGAUGUCGUGUACAACGCGGACCUGAGCAAUUGGAAGGAGACCAUGGUCACGCUCUGCACCUUCGCCGAUCCCUCCGAGUUCCCCGACCUCUGCGAGGCGCUCGGCGACCGCAUCCUCGAGGUGGGCCCGAGGAAGGACGCUUCGUUCUGCUAUCUCGUCGGCUCCAAGCUCGAAAAGGUGGUGGAUAUCUGGAUCGCCGAGCUCGAGGAAGCAGAGCAGGCCGGGCUCCAGGAGGCCAGCAACGACUCUACCUUUUCGAUCCAUGCCAGGUCGCUGCAGCACUUCAUCGAGAAGGUCACCAUCUUCCGCCACGUCACCAAGUUCACAGACACCGAGAAGGACCUCAGCGAGGGCUGGAAGCUCGCGUCCUUGUACGACAAGUACACGCAGUACGCGGAUAUCGUUGCCGGCCACGGCCAGUUGUCGGUCGCCCAGAGAUAUCUGGACCUGCUUCCGACCAACUACCCCGCUGCUGAGGUGGCCAGGAACCGCGUGAAGCUCGCCACUCAAAAGUCGGCUUCCCAACCGGCGCAGCGUCAAGGUGCUGCCGCUCCCGGCGCCCGCGUAUCCUCCCGCGGCCCGACGCCGGUGGGCUACCGGCAGCCCGCAUCCAUCCCGCCGGCUGCGGCGAGCAAUCCCAAUCCUUAUGCGCCCCCUGCUCCUAUCCAACCCGCCUCGGCAACGUCGUCGAACCCGUACGCACCCCCGACGGCGACGUCUCAGUAUGCACCAUCCGGCGCGUCCCCGUACGUGCCAGCUGCCGGAUUUGCUCCUUCUCAGCCGGUAGGCGCAGGGUAUGGACCUUCGGGAGCGUCGGUUCCUCCCCCUCCGAGGAACACUGGUCCUCCGCCCAAGAUCAACAAGGACGUGGGCAACUGGAAUGACGUGCCCAUGGUCACGAAGCCCCCCGUCCGCAGAACCACCCCGAGCGUGGCGCCUAUCACAUCUCCCUUCCCGGGCCAGACCAGCCCGGCCGGGCCUUAUCAGCGGAGCGCCCCAACCCCUCCUCCGCCUCCUCCCAAGGGGUCCGCGCCACCUCGCAACGUGACGUCUCCUCCUCCUCCUCCUCCUCCCUCUGGGCCGCCGCGAUCGGGGUCGGUGACGUCGUCCAAUGCUUCGAACCCGUACGCGCCUCCGCCACCGGCGGCAACCGGCUUGGCUUCUCCGAUGGCGCCCCCGCCCGCCCCGAGGACGGCAUCCCCUUAUAACCCUCCUCCUGCAGGCCCUCCGCCGUCCAACAGGUACGCGCCGGCUCCGGCGCCUUCGGCCCAACCAUACAAUCAAGGUCCCGGAUCUACCCCGCUAGCACCUCCUCCGGCAAACCUUUACGCCCCGCCGCCAAGUUUCCAAGCCGCGCCUCCUCCUCCUCCUUCUUCUCAUCCUUCUUCUCAGCAGCCGUCCUCAGUACCGCCGCCACCCCAGGGAUCUCGACCACCUGUGGGUCCGCCGCCGAGGGCUGGUCCUCCCCCCGCGGCGGGCGGCCCUCCCCCCGCGGCCCAGGCACCGGCGUCCCAAAGCCCCACGUCGCCCAAGGCGUCGGCACCUUCACAAACGAACCGGCACCCCCCUGGCGACCGCUCCCACAUCCCACCCAAUGCCCAGCGCAUGGUGGAGCUCCUGAGCCAGGACAUGCAGCGUGUGGCGUCCAAAGCGCCCGCGGCGUUUGCGCCGCAGGUCAAGGAUACGCAGAAGCGGCUGAACCUGCUGUUUGACCACCUCAACAACGAGGAGCUGGUACGUCCGGAUACCAUCGAGCAGCUGACGACGAUUGCGGAGGCCAUCACGGGGAAGAACUAUGAAUUGGCGUCGAAGCUGCAGACGGAGAUUCUUCGGGACAAGAUGGAGGAGUGCGGGCAGUGGAUGGUUGGUCUCAAGAGGCUGAUUAGCAUGAGCAAGGCUACGCCUUAAGUAGAUUGUUGGGAUAGGGGGGAAAGAAGGAGUGGACGACGGAGAGAGGUAACGAUGCGGUCGUAUCUAUAGUCAGUGUUAGAUUGUAGGCGCGCGACGAGAAAAAUGCGAUUUGGUACAUCUCACUCGCCAACCGGGGCUGUCACUGCGAAGCUAUCACUUUCCAGCCAGCCAGCAAGCCAACAAGCCAGCAAGCCAGCCCCGCUCU